AGUACAGACUCACUCGGGCGUGGCUUUGUUCUCUAUUGCAUUAAGGAGACUUGUCAGAGGACUAUGUUGUAGAAAAGCUCAUGGACGUAUUGCUUUUCUGAUUUUUGUGAGCUUCAUUUAUCCGGGAGAAAAGCUGAAGGUAUUUUGUUUGGACUGUUUGGAGUACAGAUCUUCACACAGAGUAAAGCAGUUCCGUUUACUGUGCAGUGACACACAGCCAGUCCUCAGUCCUGUCACGCUUGACAGUGCACCAAUGGACCCCCAGCUGUGCCCACCCUCGCUUAGUAGCAACCAUUCAUUGAUAUCAGGCCUUGACAAAUCCCCAGCCAGUGUAUAUAAACGCGGCCACUCCAGGAGCAGCAGCACUGGCUCCUCCAAACAUUCAAAACAGUCUCGUAAUUGGGAAGUGAUGGAAGACUUGCAACAACUAGACCAGAGUUCUGUUCCUGGCUCUUCUAUGGAUCUCAGUAUUCCUGGAAUAUGUGAGGGCUUUUUGAUGAAGAGGAGGAAAUACCCUCUGAAGGGUUGGCACAAGAGGUACUUCAUGUUGGAAAAGGGAAACCUGAAGUAUUCAAAGACACAGCAAGAUAUUCUAAGAGGAAAACUUCAUGGCUCUAUGGAUGUUAGUGUUGCAGUUAUGUCCAUUAAUAAAAAGUCUAAACGUAUAGACUUAGAUGCUGGAGACAAUCUCUACCACUUGAUGGCCAAGAGCCAUGAGCUAUUUUACAUUUGGGUGACAAAGUUGUGUGCCCAUCGUGGAUUUCGAAAGAACGAGGCUAUGAGCGUCCAACGUGGAGUGCUUCACGCAAUCUCUCUUGGCCACAGUUCUUUGCCAAUUAUAAACAAUCAGGCCCAGAGAAAAAGAACCUCGUUGCCCAUCUUUGCCAACUCUGCCAGCUCUGCCAUCUCGGCACCAGUGUUCCAACCAGAAACGGAAAUGCCCAUCCCAACUGUUGCCUCCCAUUCAGGCGUGACCAACAAGGUAUCAGCCUGGCUACAGCAGACCAAUGACACUGAUGCAACAUCCAAAGAAUUGACUCGUUGCCAGACAGAUGUGACAGAACUGGCCUUGCUCAUUCAGCGACUCCAUUGCCUCGAAGGAGGCUUUCCAAUCACAGACACAGAUCUGGAGAAGCGCAUCAGCAUGCAGAAUCUGUCCUUAGAGAAACCAAAGAAGAAGACUGGAAAACCGUUUGGUCACUCCAGGACUUUGUCCCGUGUGGAAGCUAUGGGAGGAGUUUUCACUUCCAGCCACCUUUCUAACGACUUCAGGUCUGUUCAAUCCAUACCGGACUACGUCUACUCGCAGUUGUCUAAUCCUCAAGUCACCUCACCAGAAGCCAAGAAACUCCAUCAGGACAUCUGCAUAGUGUCACAGAGGGUUUUUACCUCUCUCAAGUCUGUUCAUCAAGUUUUGACCUUGGAGAGGGAACGACUGAGACAGGCCCGGACUGGCCCAGGUCGGAGCCAGAACCCCUCAGCUUCACUGUACAGCACAAUGUCAGAGUAUGACGCGCAGUCUCAUUCGGCCAAAGUCCGAUCACUUUCCUUGUCCUCGGAAUCUACUGAGGAAUCCUUCUGCACUGUCCAAGCAGACCAGAGAACGCCAUCUUUUAGUCACAGUCAACGUGCACCCUCUGUGGCUGAUUCCAUGGCAGAGUAUUUUGAUGCCAGUGACGUGAUUUUUUGUGAAACCUCCUCCGAAGCAGAGUGUUCUGAUGAAUCUGGUUUGAGUGACAUCACCACCACAAGCACAUCUGAGCCCGAUGAAGGACACUCCAGUGCCAACCUCAAAUACAGAGCCAGUCUAAAGAAUGCAACUGACAAACCCACCCCGGUGUCUGACACAGGUCGCCGCACUUGUUUGCCAGCUCCAGGAACGGACAACAGCCACAUUGGCAUCAUGAGCAUCCUCUACAACAACAUUGGCAAAGAUCUUUCAAGGGUUUCCAUGCCUGUGGCUCUCAAUGAACCUCUGUCUUUGCUGCAGAGAGUGUCAGAAGAGCUGGAGUACUCUGAGUUGCUUGACAUUGCUAAUCAUACUGAUGAUCCAUAUGAGCGUAUGGUUUACAUUGCAGCAUUUUCAAUUUCUGGAUAUGCAUGGGCAUCAUGGAGGUAUCGCAACAAACCCUUCAAUCCUGUUCUUGGAGAAACAUACGAGAAUCACAGAGAAGACAGAGGCUUCCGCUAUGUCAGCGAGCAGGUGAGCCAUCAUCCUCCCAUCGCUGCCUGCCACGCCGAGUCUCAAAACUUCACCUUCUGGCAAGAUCAAAGAUGGAAGAACAAGUUUUGGGGGAAGUCGGUGGAGAUCCUCUCGAGUGGACCUGUCAAUGUUACCUUACCCAGGUAUGGUGAUCAUUAUGAAUGGAACAAGGCAGUUACUUGCAUUCACAAUGUGCUGAGUCAGCAACGCUGGUUGGAGCACUACGGUGAGGUGGUCAUCAGAAACAAAAAGAGCGAUGCCUGCACCUGCAAGAUAACGUUUGUCAAGUCUCAGUACUGGACCUCCGACAGCAGUAAAAAUGGGGUUCAGGGUGUGGUUCUAGACCGGGCCGGAGAGGUCGUGCAUCGUUUUGGAGGAUUUUGGCACGAGGGCAUCUUCUGUGAGACGCUAUCGACCCCAAAGUGCAUUUGGAAGCCAAAUGUACAGCCUGAUGACCACUUCCAGUUCUACGGGUUCUCACGCUAUGCCAGAGAGCUAAAUGAACUCACACCUGAGCUGAAAGCUGUCCUUCCACCAACAGACACUCGUUUCAGACCAGACCAGAGGCUCCUAGAGGAGGGAAAGGUAGCAGAGGCGGAUAAAAAGAAGGACGAGGUGGAGGAGAAACAAAGGGAGAGGAGGAAGGAGAUGGCCAAGCAAGGGAAGCAGCACAUCCCAAGGUUCUUCAGGAAAGAAACCAAGGAUAAGAACGAAGUGUGGCUAUACAACGGAAACUACUGGGAUCUCCGCAAAGAACCAGGGUUUGCUAAUACUGAGAACCUAGACCUGUGGUAGGAUCAAUGCUUUGCUCUCAGUUCUCUAAAAUGAAUGAAAUUCACCCCCCCCCCCUUUUUUUUUUUUGUACAAAUACACCCACCUAGCACGUACAUAAAUAUAUUCCAGAAUGCGGCUACUGUCGGAAUGGAAAGGCUGAGGAAGUUUGAAAGCAUUCAUGAACCUCUGAUUUUUGUUUAUUUGUUUUUGGACCACAGGGGUGAAAUGCCAUCUGUAACAAAUGAUGACAUUUUUAUUUGUCAGAUGUUUUGACCCCAUCGUAUUGCCUACCUCCAUAGAUAAGCACUGAAUAUUCCUUGAUUUAAAAGUUGACCUUUCCUAUCAUUUAAUAGUGUGGGUGAACAAUCCCUGGGUAAAAAUGUUCAUAUUUUCCAUGUUUUAAGAGAGCAACAAAAAUAUUUAUAUUUAAUUGUAGAACAUCUUUAAAAGCAAAAAUCAUAUUUCUUGUCAUUUUUAGGCGUGAUAGAUGUGUGGGGAUGAUUUACACGUGGAUUAGGGCUGUCCUGUUUUUUGGUGCACACUAAACCUCGUCACAAAGGUCCUUUGUAAAUGUAGCACGAUUCCUUGCCGUUGCUCACGUCAAAGAUGAAUGUCCAAUUUGAUUUGAGAAUAUAAUCGAUGAGACUUUCAGAUUUUCACUUGAUAAAGUUACAUGCCAGAGUAUUUUAAAUUGACAUUUCAGUCAUAGCUUGUGAAGGAAAAUACUGUUAAGUUACAUUUUCCUCCAACUGUUAAGCUUGCAAUAGAAUAUUUGAUAAUCAGCUGUUUAACUUUUUGAUUUUUAAUAAAUUAAAUGAAUCUAC